UUUGGGUGGAGGAGAGGCGGAGUUGCGGUGGAUUUGAAUAUAGAAGAAGGAGAAAGGAGGCGGCGGCGGCGGCAGUAGUGUAGUACAGUACAGUUGAGAGAAAAGGUGAAAGAUGGGAAUCUGCUGGUCUAUGUUAAUGUCUGUAUCACAGAAGCCACAGGAAGAAUUGUUUACAAAUCUCCCGCGAGAGAUGACGAAAGAGAUUCUGCAAAGACUACCUAUUAGAAGCAUUAUUAUGUGCAAGUGUGUUUGCAAAUUAUGGCGCUAUAUGAUAGAAGAGGGUGAGCUUAUGCCACCAUAUUCCCAGAAACCAUGUUUGGCUUUCUCCUUUCCACUCCAUCUCCAAGAAAUAUACACAGUAUGCGAUGAGGCAUUGAAGCCACUUCUCAGAUUCAGGCUGCCUACCCCUCACGAGAUACAUGAUAGUAGGACUUGUAUUGCCCGUGUCAUAAUUGGUUCAAUUGAUGGUUUGCUUUUGGUGUGGCAUUCAUGCGAUAAUCAUCUUUUCAUAGUCAACCCAAUGACUCGUGAAUAUGUCACGCUUCUUCUGCCUAUGCGUCUGCGUAAAUAUAAAUCCAUAUUUGGAAUUGGAGUGAGUAAACUAAGUGGUCAAUAUAAGAUUCUGUGUGGCACUCGUGAAUCGACCUCUUAUUAUGUACACACUCUAGGAGGAAAAGGAGAAGGGGAAGGAGGAGGGUUGUGGAAAUGCAUCGAAGGAGCAUCGGCCCCCACUGCACUAGUAGUACCAGGAACCCCAAUACAACCAAUUGCUACAUUUAUUAAUGGAAAUCUUCACUGGUUGUCAUAUGAUUUAGAGGGCAAUCGCUUUGUGUCUUGCUUUGAUCUCGAUUCUGAGCUCUUUACCCGUUUUUCUCUCCCAUGCCCUAAUACAAUGUUACAUUUAUUAAGGCUAAGAGUUUUAGACCAUCAGCUAUGUUUAUGCGAUAUUUCAGAUGGUUUGCAUGUUGUUAUAUGGAAGAUGAACAACUAUGGAGAUACAAAUUCUUGGACGAAAGAAUAUACCUUUGCCGGAUCAAGGAUCUAUGGAUUGGUUAUCCCACUCAAUGUUUUGGCAAAUGGUAACUUGUUGUUCGUAUCAGGUGAAGAUAACCAAUUAUUUAUCUACUCCAAAAGCACCGAAACUAUUGUGGCAUAUGGCCUUCUUCAAGAAUAUGGUGUAUUUUCUUCCAAUAUUGCUUUUUAUACCCCAAGCUUUGUUUCGCUUACAAGCAUGGGGAUUCGCAAUGUUGUCAUUAAUGAUACUCUCUCGAUCCAAUAGAAAUAGGAGAAGGAGAAAAAGUAGGUGAAAUGGUGGAGCCCAUAAAUGAUAAAGUGCAAGACAAGGAGAGAAAGGUUGCCAUAAAUGGAUAUGGACUAUUUCUAUAGGACGGAUGAAAAAGAAAAUAUGAUAUGUUUUUAUGGGACGAAGGGAGUAUUACCUUAUUCUUUUUAAGUUUUUGUCCUCUUAUUUUUUGUUUUAAUAUGUCCUUGUAAUAGUUUUGAUAGGUUAUAUAUAUUUUAAAAUCUCAUUUCAUUUGAUCAGUUCCUGUAUUAUGCCCUAAUUUGAAAAAAAAAAUUAUGAUUUACUGAGCUACUUAUUAAGAAACAUUUAUGUAUAUAAAGCUAGAAGAUCUCCUCUCCAACCGUACUGUGAUGCUUGUUUGAGCCAAACUAGUUAAAAAUCCAUUUCCCUUUUGCUUCGUCUGCCUUGAAUUGAGAGUGAGGAGACAAGUGGAAGGGAAGAUUGACGCUAUGCUGUUGGACUGUUUUCUUGCAUGGAAAGGAAAUCGAAUAAACGGAUUAAGGUGCCUUUCAUGUAGUCAUGGCAGAGGAGGCGCUUGCAAGUCGGGAAAUCCCAGUUGCAAAGUUGGCCGAGGGAGCUGAGAGCAAUGGCAUCCCCGUUAAGAUAAUUGAAGAGUGCAAAACAGAGGAAAAAAGGAAAGACGAAGAAACGGCCAUGGAAGGAGAAUUUGUCAAGGUGGAGAAAGAGUCGUUGGAUGUGAAGGAUCGCUCUCAUACCCCUGAGAUAGAUUCUGAUGCAGCAGCACGGUUAAAGGAAGAGCAUGCUCGAGCUGCUACCUCCGAACACAAGGACGAAACCACAAAAUCGCGGGAAAUUGACCUUUCUGCGGCCACCAGUCCUUCGAAGAGAAAGAGCAAGAAAAAACCAGAGGCGACAUCAGCUCCGGCAUCAGAUGCACAGAUUCAAACUGCUGAGGCGUCUCUAGGCCUGAACUUGAAGUUCGUUUUAGGUGUGGCUCUUGUCUCAAUCAUCUUUGGCAUUAUCCUUGGCAAAAGAUAUUGAAAACGCCUUUGAGUUUGAGUGUGUGCUCUAUAUAUUGAUUAUUUUUUACAUUUGAUUAGUUUGUUUGUUUAGAAAGUACUGCCUUUCAUUUUUGCUUCUUUAGUUGGGGUUUUUUUAUUAUCAUAUUAGUCAGGAUUAGUGGUUUUCAUUUGAAUCCUGACUGUAAUUAUGGCGAGAUAUAUUUUGAUAUAGUAUGCUUAUGCUUUAAUUUUCUUUCGAUCUCACAAUAAA